GCAGGCGGAUUAAAGAUGGCGCCCUCGCACGUACUAAGAUGCUGUCAACGGGGUUUAUCCUGGAUACCUGUUAUUUUCAUAAACCUGGUCGUCUGCUGGUCGUAUUAUGCUUAUGUCAUGGAACUCUGCAUAUAUACAAUCCCCAACCCAGAAGAACAAGUCAUCUACCUGGUGGUGUUUCAUCUGUCCUUCAUCAUGUUCAUGUGGUCCUACUGGAAAACCAUCGUCUCCAGGCCAACCAACCCAUCCAAAGAGUUCUGCCUUCCUAAGGCAGAGAAGGAGCAGUAUGAGAAGGAGGAGCGAGCUGAGGUCCAGCAGGAGAUCCUCAAGAGAGUCUCCAGAGGCCUCCCCAUAUACACCCGCACAGGAGGAGGAGCUAUCCGCUACUGUGACCAUUGUCAGGUGAUCAAGCCUGACCGCUGCCACCACUGCUCCACCUGUGACCAAUGUGUGCUGAAGAUGGAUCAUCAUUGCCCAUGGGUGAAUAACUGCGUGGGCUUCUCCAACUACAAGUUCUUUGUGCUGUUCCUGGGUUACUCCAUGAUCUACUGUCUGUUCAUCGCUGGGACCGUGCUGCAGUACUUUAUCAAGUUCUGGACACUUUGCCGACGGAGAGCUGCAGAAAACUGUCCUCAGAAUCAGCUCCCUGACACUCAUGCCAAGUUCCACGUGCUGUUCCUGUUCUUCGUGGCCACCAUGUUCUUCAUCAGCAUCUUGUCUCUCUUCACAUACCACCUCUGGCUGGUGGCAAAGAACCGCACCACCAUAGAAGCGUUCAGGGCCCCCAUGUUCAGGAACGGUGCUGAUAAGAGUGGCUUCACUCUGGGCUUCAGGAAGAACGUGGCCGAGGUGUUUGGGGACCAGAAGAGAUACUGGCUCUUCCCCAUCUACACCAGUUUGGGUGAUGGCCACACGUUCCCCACCCGCCUGGUCAACAUAGACCCAGAACAGCUGAUUGGGGACCAGCCCAACUCCAAAUGUGCUUUAGAUGGAGAGAGUGUGACAAACUCACACAACCAUCUACUGGACGAGGGCCACAGGACUGAGGAUGGGGGACCCACAGUAACCGUCACAGUGGAGAAUGAGUCCUAGUCCUAGUCAGGAAGGGAUGGAGCCAUACACUCUGUUUGGUGGUCAAAACCCGGAGAGGACAGACGUUUUUACACACACACAUGCACGCACACACAUAUUCUCUCUCUCAAUGCCUUAAGGUCAGCUACAUUUCCAUGGAAACCUUCACUUUGAAUGACUGUUAAGAAAUGUCUCCUCAUCGCCAUGGAUACCCCCUUUAAUUUUUAUCAGCCUUCAGAGCCUCACCAUCUGCUCACAUCACACACACAUACACACUCACAAACUAAAGAUUUGUCAAUAUUAGUCUUUGUUACUAACCAAAGACAGACAAUUGGAGCAUGUGAUUAGUUUAUUUAUUGAUAAUGGUCUUUAUUAAUCAACUCUGGGACAGGUUUGAGCUCUCAAGCCAAAAUAAGUGUGGUGGAUUUGCACAAGCCUGGGUUACUAUGGGUUACUAUCGCCCACAAACACCUCUGUACUGCCCCCCUGAGCGCCUCUCUCUCUCUUUCCCUCCCUUUCCUGGACACCUGCUCUGUAGAUCAGAAGUGUGCAAACAAGGGCAACAUUCUGUGGACAUUUUUCAGUUUGUGUUCAUCUCACUACAAAGAAGAGUCAUUUGGAAUGUACAAAAACAUUCCAAAGUAAGAGUUCAAAGAAACUGUGCUCAAAUAUUUGCUGAAUUUGUCUGCACACCUGGCUCUGAUGUGGCCCUGGUGUGGCCCUGGUGUGGCCCAGAUGUUUGCAGAUCUACAUCGGUUGUAGAAUCUGUGGCUGUCUCAGUUUAGCAGCUAAAUCGUCAUUGAUAUGCUGCCAUUUUGUGGUUUAAGCCCUUAACUGAGCUGCCCAGCAGGGUCAUUGGCAUCAGCGGCUGGGCUUCUGAGGAGCCCCACGGUGAGUGGAGACCUGCUGUAGUGAUACAGACCCGCCGGGUUGAGACCAGGCCAUGGCGGCCCAGUUCUGGCCCACAGCCCACUGCUGUUCCGGUGCCUGAGCUGCGUCUGGAGCUGCUCUUUCUGAGGACACCGUUAUAUCCCAGGAUGUUUAGCCGUAAAAGCAGGCAGCCCAGUUUAUGGUGCUUGCCUACACCAUUGGCUUUCCUAGAUCAUAGCCAAGUCUGGAACAGACAGUUAAGAACACAGUUAAUGGGCCUUCUCAUCCAGGUGUAAAUAAGUCUGGAACAGACCUCUGUCCUACCUGAGCUCCAUCCAUCAGGACCAGAUCUCCAUCUGGUGUGCCCCAGAUGUGCUGGAUCAGAGGCCUCUGCAGUCAGACCCAGAUGUGCUGGAUCAGUGGCCUCUGCAGUCAGACCCAGAUGUGCUGGAUCAGAGGCCUCUGCAGUCAGACCCAGAUGUGCUGGAUCAGUGGCCUCUGCAGUCAGACCCAGAUGUGCUGCUGUGUUCUGCUUCUGGCCAUCACGCUCAGAGUGGUGAGAAGCUCAGGAGCCUCUAGAGAUGGAGACAUCUCAUGGUGUUUAAGCUCAUGAGCCUCUAGAGAUGGAGAUGUCUCAUGGUGUUUAAGCUCAGGAGCCUCUAGAGAUGGAGACGUCUCAUGGUGUUUACUCGCACUUUAGCUGUCCAUUAACUCGCCCUCAACAUCUGUCUUUCUUUUGUUGCUGAUUUGUUUGUUUGUGUCGGUGUGCAGGCCAGUGCUGUGGGGAUAUUUUUCUCCCCAUGAAUCCUCUCUGACCUGUUUGUCAUCCAAGUGGAAAAGAGUUUGUAUGGUGUCAGUAGUUCAGCCUUCUGGUGAAUAGUUUUGGAGUAGUUCAGUCAUCUGGACAGAUCUGCUAGUGCCUGCUAGUAUACUACCUGCUAUUAGCCUGCUAGUAUGCUACAGCCUGCUAGUAUAUGCUACCUGCUAUUAGCCUGCUAGUAUAUGCUACCUGCUAUUAGCCUGCUAGUAUAUGCUACCUGCUAUUAGCCUGCUAGUAUAUGCUACCUGCCUGCAAGUAUAUGCUACCUGCUAUUAGCCUGCUAGUAUAUGCUACCUGCUAUUAGAGGUGGGCAUACUGCAUACUAACCGCUUAAGAUAUUGGAAUAUAUCAUAGUGACUAUGAACCAUUUUUUCUGCUGUGAAGCGUUACCCAAGUGUUUGAUUAUGGGGGCUCUGCACACCCCUGGUGCCCAAUGGGAGGCUAAUGCUAACAUGUGGCUAAUGCUAACAUGUGGUUGUGGAGCUGCCUACUCUGAGCUCUACAGUUUAGCCCAAGGGCCUUCUCUGUUCUCCUGGUUCCCAGCAUGCUUCUCCACCUGCUGCAUCUCAGCUUUUCCCAUGAUGAUGUUCCUCAUCUA